CAUAUUGGGCGGGAAAUCUAGCCCAAUCUGGCAACACUGUUGACCCCUUCACCGGAACACAUCCACUCCCACAUAAACACACACACACACCGCUCCCCUCGGAGGUGACAGCAGAGAAGAUGUCGAGGAACACCAGGAUCACGUUGAUCUUUGGAGGGUUCGUCACGGCGGUGGCCGCUGCGUUUUACCCCAUCUUCUUCCACCCGCUGACCCACACGGAAGACUACAGGCAGGUCCAGAAGGUGAACCGGGACGGGAUUAACCAGGCUGACAUCCAACCAGUCGGGGUCAAGGUCUGGUCCGACCCAUACAAGCCCACCAGCAAGUGACCUCCGACCUGACAACGGAGGAUGGAGGGUCACCUGACCUGAACUGUGUGUGCGUGGGAAUGUUUUUCAUUUGUAACUUUAUUCUAUGAAUAAACUCAAUAUAAUACCAAUAGUGGUGUUGCUGUUUUAUUUCAGCCUGUAAAAUUGCUGAACAGCGAUCUCGGAUUAGCAACUUGAAUGCAAAUUUGGAUUUGGAGUUUAUAUCUUUAUUUGAAGAUGAGCCCAAAAAUCUAGUAAUAGAUACAGUUGUGUUUAUCGAUCUUAACCGAAGUUCAACUCGUAUGAAAUCGCCUUCCUCGCCACCAAAAAUAUACUGCAUAACGUUGCCGUAUAUGUGUAACGUUGCAAUACUAGUUUUAUUUAUACAUAUGCGUUUGAAUACAGUUUUCUGCUAAUAGAGCCCAGCCGAAAUUCACCUCGAAUCUAUUUGCGUUCCUGGCCACAAAAAAUAUAUAUAUACUGCGUGCAGUUCAUGUUUUGUCCACCAGACGUCAGGGGUUGACUGACUGUGAUUAUCGGCGUUCGGGAAUGUUUUUAAUUUAUAACUUUAUUAUAUGAAUAAAAUCAAUACUUUAAAAACAGCGGCGUUGCUGUUGUAUUUUCGGCUUUAAUGUGUAGUUAUAUGUUUUUAGAGCUUAACCGAAGUUCUCCUCGUAUGUAAUUUGGCCACAAAAAAUAUACUGCCCGCAGUUCUCGUUUUGUCCAUCAGAGGGCAGGCGUUGACUGACUGUGAAACAUAGCGUGUGUGGGAAUGUAUUUUAAAUUGUAACAUUAUUCCAUUAACGAAGUCAAAAUCUUAACUUGCUGUUUGGUUUAUUUAAUUGCAUAAAUAGUAUUUCAUGGAACACCAAUCUCGAAACGUAUGCUAUGACAACGACCUACCUAUGGGGACGAUAUAUCCGGGGCACCGGUAGUGCCGGAUAUCAGGGGCUAGAAUUCCUCAUCCGUCGGCGUGUCAUUGUUUACAGUCCGACGAGCAACUUUAAACGCAAGUAUUGAGUUGCCGCAUAUAUUUUUAUUUGCAGGCAAGUCUAACGUUGCUAUACUCGUUUUAUCUAUGAAUAUAUAUUUUUUUAAUAUUUUUCUGUUAAAAGAUCUCAACCGAAGUUCAACUCCUAUGAUUUCGCCUCCCUUGCCACAGAAAUCCAAUAGUAUCCAACUGCAGCCCCGGAGAACAACACCCUGCCAUGACAGAACACCCAGGCGGGACAGAAGUACUGUGGCUGGACGCAAGUUACCUCCGAUUAUUUUUUCUAUAGACAAAUAAACUUAUUUAUCGCUUGAAUUAACAAAACAUAGAAAUAAAAAAAUAUUUCGACACGUUAGUAACCACUUUUAGAGCUUAAUAAAGGUUUAACGUUAUUUAGACAAAUACCUCAGGAUUUUUUCUUUGCGUUCUUAAACUUAUUAGACCAAAACAUUAGAAUCAAACAAUAUUAUGACAUGUCAGCAAGCAUUUUUAUUGCUUAAUUUCUUUAACGUUAUUUAGACGAAUAAACUCAUUUAGUGUGUAGACAAUUAUUUAAUGGAAUUGUGUAUUAUACACUUUACUCAUUGAGUAAUUGACCAUUAGAAUGAAGUAAUUUUUUUUAAUGUCUAAUUGAAUCAAAUUUAAUUUUUUGUAAAGUAUAUCAUCAUAAUUUGAUAUAAAUAUACAUUGAAGAAUAACCACACCAAAGUUUCCUCACAAUUUAUUUAACAAAUAAUCUACAGAAGCUUAAAGAUAUAGCUUCUUCAUGCUAACUGCCAUCAGCUCCAAAUCACUGUCAAAAGAAUCAAACAGUCAAAUCAAUAUCAAGCCUAUACAAUAUAUUAUUUGUAUUCUGUCACUGGAAACGUCAUUCACUUCUCUUUUUCGCCUCUGUCUGGAGACUGGUGGAAUUAAUCCAGCCGCCAUUUGUUUGGCCUCCUCCAUGAAGUGUGGGAACCUUCUGCCGUGCCUGUAUAAAUAAAGAGAAAUGAUUGUAGGAAUUAUACAUAUUUUGUUAAUAUUGAGGUAUAUAUUCAUAUUUGAAAUUAAAAAGGGUUAGUGUUUUUUAGUCAGUUGUGAUCGCCGAUGUCUUGCUUUCUUGUACUUUUGCCUCUGUAGUCUGUUUUGAUGCUCGUCAUUGUAGUCCUUUGCAUAACCUGACCUUCUUUUUUCAUAUUACUAUUCAGAUGUAAAGCUGUUCCGCCAAAUUCAACAACCGUAGAAACAGAGGAAAGGACACAACAUUAUCGAGACCAAUCUCAUGGGCCCUGACGAACCGGUGAAACGGAUAAGUCUGAUGAAUUGAACCACGGGUCGAACCAAUGAUGGGGCAAGAGUGGUGUUUUUUUUGCUUAAAAACAUAAGGGGUAACGCUGUCUUCUUUUUUAUCGGGCGUAAUGAAAAAAAACGAAAGGGCUAACACUGUCGCUUUUGAUCAAUUCUUAAAUAAAGGUAAGACUGUCGUUAGUUCUCAAAGGAAACACAAGGGGUAACACUUGUUUUUCAUCGCCCGUCAUUGUGACAAAUAUGACUUCGACCACAUUCUGGCUAGCCUGUCUGUGGUCAAGUGGAGUGUCUCGAUGUUAAUAAGGGGAGAGCUUCGUAUGCACUGCAGACCCGGGUUCAAGUCCCACCAGCAACAUACUGGCUAUUUUGAACCGAUGUCUCGUGAAUUGUAAAGCCAAUUAUAACUUCUCACCAAUUCCUAGCUGGUGUCUCUGUGGCGCAGGUGAUAGAGCUGUUACCUAUCUGUUCUGGAGACACGGGUUCGAAUCCUGCCACGGCAGGUUUUGUGGGAAUGAAUGUAUGGUGAAUGGAAGAGUGCGAAUAACUGUCUGUGUGAAUUGAUUGAUGUGAAUGACUUAAUUCACAAUAAUCAAUUAGCACAAACAGUGAUUCAGAAUGAAUGGGUGAGUGGGAAUGACUGUCUGGGAGAAUGGAUGGCUGGGAGUGAGUGCACUCAUUCACAGUCAUCCAUUCUCCCAGACAGUCAUUCGAAAUGAAUGUGUGAGCGAAUGGAUCCCUUCACUAGACAGUUGUUCCCACUAACUGCCCAUGGCAGGAUACAAACCCAUGUCCCCAGAACAGAUAGGAAACAGCUCACCUGCCGAGGCACCUCUUGUUAUGUAAAA